AUGAAGUUUUCCGCUAUCGCAACGACUCUUCUCGUCUCCAUGGCCGUCGCCAUGCCGGCUGAUAAGCCGCCCAAGCCGACGAACAGCCCUCUUCCCCCGCCUCCUCCGGCAGUGAGACGGGGCGAUGCUCCUCCUCCCCCGGCUGGUGGCCCGAUCCCGCCUCCUCCGGUCAACGCCCGUGGAGUUCCUCCUCCUCCUCCUCCUCCGGCUCAGCAGCCUCCCCCACCUGCUCGCCGAGGUGUCCCGCCGCCACCUCCCCCUCAGCAGGCUCCCCCUCCUCCGGAGGCUCGUGAUGCCCCGCCGCCCCCACCUCCCGCCAACCAGCCGCCCCCACCGGGCCGCCGAGGAGUUCCUCCUCCUCCUCCCCCGCCUCAACAGCAGGCUCCUCCUCCCCCCAACAAGCAGGGCCGUGACGCUCCCCCGCCACCUCCUCCUCAGCAGGGACCUCCUCCCCCUGAGGCUCGGGAUGCUCCUCCCCCACCUCCCCCUACCAACAAGCCGCACCCGCCGGCUGCCCGAGGAGUCCCCCCUCCUCCCCCUCCUCCCGGCCAGGCGCCUCCCCCUCCUCAGGCCCGUGACGCCCCUCCUCCUCCUCCCCCUAACAACCAGCCCAAGCCCCAGCCUCCUCCCCACAACUAA